AGUAUAGAUGGUACUAUGUCGUUGUUGUAAGAGAGCAGAGAUUGGGAGCAUAAUGAAGCAAUAAAAUAACAAAUCGCAAGUGUUGAAAUGAGUAUUCGUUAUCGCAAAAGUUGGAGUAUCUCCCAAUGUUGUUCAUCAGUGGCUGUAGUAUGAUAACGUAACGUGGAAUUCAUCUGUAUAAUUCUAUUCGCUCUACGAAUAAUAUUCCAGCAAGUUAUAAGGAUAUUCGAGCUAAUUGUUGCGCAAUUCGACGAGCUGUCACCGAUGUAUAAUACCUCAUAAUUCUCUCUGUUGUACGUCUAUGUGCCGACUGCAUAAAUAGCUUUUGACAGAUCUACACUUCGCCGUGAUUCAUUAGAUUACUGUUCUCAUCGGUGACUGCGGUUUUAACAACACAUCAGAGAUAUAGCCAUGGAAAAACAACCCUUAAAACCAGGAAAUGAUAGGCCUCCACCCUACUCUGCUACUGAACCUCCGAUCAUUUCGACGAAUCCGCCGCAAGCUGAUUCGUGGCAGCCACCUCCGGGGUAUUAUCCGCGAAAUGGAACACCUAUCCAGGGUUCCUACUUGCCAUCCUACGGAGCAACUGAACCUGCGACCACAACGACUGUGAUUGUCCCCGAAAUAAUCCUCGUCGGCGCCUGCCCUGCCUGCAGAGUGGGCAUGCUGGAGGAUGAUUAUACGUGUCUGGGCCUCUUCUGUGCGAUAUUUUUCUUUCCACUUGGAAUAUUGUUUUGUCUGGCUUUGAAAAAUCGGAGAUGUUCAAAUUGUGGCGCUUACUUCGGUUGAGAAUACGGCGGUAACGGCCAGAAAAAUGGAGAAUAGUUAUAUAUGUUUGUGCAAAUCCAUAGAUAUGUAUAGAAACAAAAUUCCAUGUGCCUUAAAAUGUAUAAAAUUUAUCACAAGACUCGUGAAUUACUUAUAAUAUAUAUUAUACAUAGAUAACAUCACUCGAGUUCGCUGAUCAAUCCUAUAACGCAUCUACAAUAUACUACAAUUUAUACGUUAUAAUCGAGAGAUAUAGACAUGUUGUCGUUGCAGCGAGUAAUUAGCUCGCACAGCUGACUCGCCCGGUUUGAAAGUGUAUGUGCACGUAAAAUUAAUGAUCCGGAGUUGCCACGAUCAUUUUUAACAAGUGAUGAAAUGAAAAACCAAUAUAAGUAUGUGUGUAUUAUAAAUGCAGUUGAUUGAACCGCGAUUGAAUUCAAGAAUAUAACAACGUCUACAAUUUGUAUGACGCGAGUUUUUAACUUUUUAUUUUUUUUAAUUCUUUAUUUACAAAGCCCUCCGCCCAAGGUUACUGUACAGAAUAACUGGAGAAAUCUAUACGAUUCAAAAUAAAGAAUUCGCUGCCUUGUUUCUGGCUCGCGGGAUAUUUCGGUCGCGGUCAAAUGAACGCGCUCGUCGCUAGAGAAGGUCGAAGAUUUAAUCGUAAUUAUGUAUGAAGCGAAAUAUUCUGAAAAAAAGAUCUAACACUACACGAAAUAACAGCAGCAUCCCUACUUUUUGAUAUCAGCAUUGGGGUCAGACAUUUGAAACCAACACUGUGUGGUGGUAAAAAUUAUACCCUAUCAAGAGAGUUAUAUUUAAUUAUAAAAUGCAAUGCUUUACCGCAGUUGAUUUAG